ACAGACAGGAUGCACUCCUCAUGCUGCCCCUCUGCCAGAGCACAGACACUGAAGGUGUUAUGUGUUCGGAUGUGCAUGUUCUACACGGUCCUGUGUCUGACAGGCUGGCCGCUCUCCUCAGAAGCAGCCAGACUCCGCUGUGGAUCCGAUCUCCUCAGUGACCUCAUAUUUGUGUGUGGGGAUCGUGGAAUCUAUUUAGGUAAAGGUACAUGGUCCGGUUACGGUGCUCGGCCCAGAGGGAAGGGGAUAGUGGACCAGUGCUGUCGGCCAUCAGGCUGUGAGCUUCAGCACCUGGAGAUGUAUUGCGCUAAACCAAAGAGCCAGGAGCACACCACAGCUUACCCAGCCACCACCACAGCAUCUCAUAUCACCACACAGCUAGCCACGGCACAGCAGUUCCAAGCAGUACUUCAUAAGAGACUUCUGGAGCACCUGGGGCCUCCCGACAGUCCAAAGAGGGAGGCUUAUAGAAAGAAAACACAAUCUUCACGUCGACAGAAAAGCGAAGUUUCAUCAUCACGCCGGAAGACGAACAAACAGAACGCAACUAGCAGACCCCUAUCAGCCUCUAGGAGUCCCCUUCAAAGAGUGAUGAGCUUUGAAUCAUGACC